AUGGACAGGAACAUUAUCGAUGCUGCAAGUGGUGGAGCUUUAGUAAAUAAGACGCCGGCACAAGCUUGGGAUCUUAUUGCGAGGAUGGCUGAAAACACGCAACAAUUUGGUUCAAGAGAUGUUGGACAUAUGAACGGAAACAACAACGACCAUGCCAUCCAAUCGAUGCAACAACAACUUUCUGAGUUGACAAGCUUUGUUCGCAAGAUGGUCGUGGAAAAAUCCAACCCGAGUGUCCAGGUCAAGGCGUGUGGAAUAUGCACGGGUGCAGGACACUCUACAGAUGCAUGUCCGACCCUCCAAGAAGAAUGUGCAGUGGAUGUGAACACUGCAAACUACGGUAUGAAUAGACCUCCAGCGUACAAUCCAUACUCCAACACCUACAAUCCAAGCUGGAGAGAUCAUCCGAACCUGCGUUAUGGAAACGCACAGCAGGGUAAUGCUCAUCAACCAUUUGGAGCUAUGCAGCAGAUGCAACAACCUCGUUUCUAUGAGAAGCAGCCGCCCCAAGCACCUACAAGCAACUUCAGUCCAUCUUUGGAAGACUUGGUGAAGUCUAUGGCUGCCAGUACCUUGCAAUUCCAGCAAGAGAUGAAGUCAACUGUCGACAAGUUACAAGGUCAGAUCAAUCAAGUGUCAGAGGACGUGAGACAACUACAUGAAAGAGGAAAGUGGUCUGCUCAGCCUGAGCCAAAUCCAGCAAAUGUCAGCACCAUCACUAUCUGCAGUGAUACGAUGAUUGAAUGUUCCUCCCGGCCUAAUACAAAGAAUACGAGUGCUAUAACCCUUCGUAGCGGAAAGGAAUUGAAAGGUCCACCUCCUAUCUCGAAGGGACAGAAUGAAGAUCAGAUUGAGAUGGAGAUUGAAAAGGAAGCUGAACUUCACGAAAAGGUUCUUCCUGACUCUGUUCCUCCUACUGAAACUAAAUCAGCUCUUUUUCCUGACAGGUUGAAGAAAACACAAAAGGCAAACAAACGAAAAGAGAUGAUGGAAAUAUUCAAGAAGGUGGAACUUAAUAUCCCGCUCCUGGAAGCUAUCAACCAAAUCCCCAAGUACGCAAAGUUUUUGAAAGAACUGUGUAUUAACAAAAGGAAAUUGCGAGGGGACGAGCAUAUUAUAGCGGGUGAGAACGUUUCUGUUGUUCUCAAAAGAAAGGUACCACCUAAAACAGGUGAUCCAGGUAUGUUUUCUAUCCCUUGUAAGAUUGAAAAAAUUGAGAUAACUAAGGCUAUGCUAGAUCUAGGAGCUGAUAUUGAUGUCAUGCCUCGAUCAAUAUACGACUCUUUAAAUCUAGGGCCUCUAAAAGAAACAUGA